UCAUCCGGAUCUCACGCGUGUUCGAUCAACAGAUGUCCCGCCGUCCGGAGCAUGUGAAUGUUUGAAUAAACUUCCAAUUUGCGCUCGUCAUGGAUUACGACAAUCAGACGGCCGUUCCAUCCGGCGUUCCGCCGCACGUGUGGAAUUUCAUCCAUCAGUUCAUAAUCGGCGAGGCCAAUCAGAAUUUAGAUUUGCGCGUGCCGCACAUCCGGCCCUCGAUUGCCAAAUAUGUAUCGUUCAUUAUUUUCAUGUAUUCUAUUUUAAUUGCCGUCGGCGUGAUUUGCAAUCUUGCCGUUUUCUUUCACAUUAUGAAAUACAAACUUUACAACGAACCGACGUACUCGUUCAUCAUAAACAAUGUCAUUAGUGACUUGGUUAAGUGCGUUUUUAUCGUGCCGAUUUCGUUGUACGUCCUCCUCAUCCAGAACUGGAUUCUGGGAGAGUUGCUUUGCUCGUUCCUACCUAUGUUACAGGAUAUUCCAUUACACACCACCACGCUGACGUUCCUGUUAAUAUUUUGGGACAGGUACAGAUAUGUGCGACGGCCCACGAAGCCGAGAUUGCCCGCCUUCGUCUGCAUCGUCGGCACGUGGCUUACAUCCGUGUGUUUGGUUUUACCAUAUCCCAUCUACAUCAUGUACGUGGAUCUUGGGAAAUAUUUGGAAGCCGAACAGUUCUAUGGCGUCGGUUUGUGCACAGUCAAUUUGGUGGACGACAUGAACGAGUACAUUCGAGGAAUAUUUAUUGUUAUGUACGCCGGCCCUAUGGCAACCAUGUCCUAUCUGGCGGUGCGUACUUCCCACGAGCUGGUGCAGAAUCCGCCGGCCGUUAUUAUGUACGAGCCGCGGGGCAGGGAAGGACGUGCCAGGACCGAUUCCCAUUCGACCACCACGGACAUCCGGAGCAGCAGGGGUGAGUGCGACGUGAUAAGCCAAUACAGCCGGGGCAGCUACAGGGAUCACGAGGCUGCGAGGGCCCGCUACGAGCAAUACGAGCCGGACUUGAACGUGCCGAAGGAGAAGCGCACCCAGAAAUACCUGAUAUUGAUGGUCGUCGUCUAUGCCAUAUCGCUUUGUCCGUUGAUGAUACUGAAAUUGGCGAAGCCCCUGCUGCCCGAAACGUACGACAACAGCGGCAAUUUCGAUCUGAUCUACACCAUAUCCGUGUGGGCCGGAUUCAUGCCCACCUGUUCCACGCCACUGUUUUACGCCGCGUGGCAAAUGAGCAGGUCUUCAAAGGAGCGACUUAGGGGUUAUUUCCGGAUCAGCAAUAGGAAACUGCAACAAUCCUGCGAGACGGUGAUGACAGGGAGCGGAACGCCGGCACCCUCGAGGUCUAAAUUGUGUUCGGACUCCAUGACGCAAAACAUCGACGAGGGCUACUCCGACAACAAUAGCUUCCAGCAAGAUUAUUAUUCGUCCUGAUGAUCCCAUGGACGCAACUGCUCAACGGCAACGGGAUUGCGCUUGACUCGCAUCGAACAAUUAAUCUGAACAAGGAAAUAACUACAAUUCUAUUUCAGUCCCAUUUUGUAUGAUAAUAUAACAAGGGAUCAAAUAUUUAAAGCAGCAUCAGUGGAAUUUGUUAAAAAUGCAGAGUUUAAGAUGUUUACUAUGUUUUAUUAAUAUAUUGUACAAAGGAUAAAAAAAGUAAGCUAAGAUAUGACCUACAAGGUAGGUAAUUGUGUGAUGCCAAAAAUAACAUUAGUUGCUGUUGUAGUUUAAAGGGUAAAUGUAUUAUAGAAUAAUUGUUGUGAUUUUUGUACUGUAAUAAAUAUUUUAAAUAUGUAUAAAGUAACUGAUUGUAUACAAGAAAUGGCAACAU